AUGCAUAAUACCGGAAAGAGGUAUUCCGAAACUGCCAAAAAGGUGGCGGCAGGAAGGGCAAGGAAGCGUAAACAAGCUUAUGAGAAAGACCAACUGCACACGCAGCAACUAGAGGCUCAAGAGGCUCAGAAAUGGGAAGAAGGUGUAAAACCUCCCAAUCAGAAGAAGCUGAUCUUGGAUGAAAAAAAGGUAGAAAAGCUGAGAGCCAAAAAGGAAAGAGAUGGAUUAUUAGCCGCCGAGGAGGAAGUAUUGGGUAAGGGUGGCAAGGGAAAAAUAUAA